AUGGUCUCCCGGCUUGGUGACGCCGUUUGUACUUUGCGGCGAUGUGAGCUGCGCCACCUGGCUGCGUGGGCGGAGCGCGUGAUAACACGCAGGGAAAUCAAUGUGUUUAUUGGUAGAGUUGGUGUCCGACAGCCACGCCUCCAACAGCUCUCGCCCUGUCUUGUUGCCGGCUCGCGCCAAUAUCCGCGUGUUGACGAAGUCGAACUCAUGGCUUUCCUCCAGCGUGUGAGUGGCGACUUGAGAUAGUCAGUCGCCUCUCCGAACGGCCCGUUUGUGCUCAAGUGUUCGUGAGCUGAGACGUCGUCCUGUUUGGCCUGUGUAGUGGCAAGGACGGUUAUGGCACGGGAUUUGAUAGACUACGCCCGACUGCUCACCUGCGUCCAGCUGAUCCUUCAUUUUUAUGAUCCUGCUACGCAUGGUAGACGUCGGAUGAUGGGCGAUGUCCACGCCUAACUCUGACGCAAUGCGCUCUGUAGUCUCGAACACAUUCUUUAUGUACGGUAGGGAGUGCCAACUUGUUGGUGUCUCUCUUCGCUGAUGUAUUCGUGUUAGAUAAACUGCAUCUAAGCGGUUGCAGCAAUGCUUACCGGAUAAACAAAUUAAUCGACGCUUAUUUCAUCCAGACUUGCAUAGGGAACAGAGAUAGUGUUAGAGUUUCAGGUGCAUGUAUGAGUAAGGAAGUAGGUGACGGUCAGGCGUCGAAACAAUUUAUUAUUCUGACCAUUUGAACUCGUGCAGGAAAUUAUCGUCAGAGAUGACAACAGCAGCAGAACAAGCAACAGUUAUAAGGGGUGCGAACCACUGAAGCCAAGGUCUGGAUGUGACUUCGCAGGACUGAGUGUGCUGGUUCCAGAUCGAUACAUCGAUUGACUGGGUCCUCAUCCGAUGGCCAGGCUUCAAGCGAUUCUCGACUUGUCUUGAUUUCGGUAUGAGAGAUUAUCUUGGCGGCUGCAAAGUUGAACACAUGACUUGUUUCGCAGGUGCGACAACUAAUCGUCCCGUCGCACAACCAACUUAUGUUCGCGUAUGCGCGAUCCGAGUAUGGGUCUAAUUUGUCCUGUAUGGUUACAAUUAUAGUCUAGGCACAGGAUGUGCUAAAUUAACCCAGACAGCUUCCUUGGAUUUAAUCGUAUCUUGGUUUUGCUGACCCCACUACGGAUGGUAGCUUUGGACUGGUGUACGAUUCCAGCAGCGCGCGCGGUCGCCUCGAGACAAGAUUACUUGGGCGACGUAUCGUUGCCAUCAACUCCAUCAUCAUCGGUAAGGUUCACAAAGCUAUGCGACACAAGUUCUUUUUAGGAAUCUUCAUCAGAAUUAGACACCAGCUCCACAAUUCCUAAGGGGCAAUCUCCAAAUCUUUCAAGGAAGUUUUUGUUUUUGCUAAUACGUAUAUACAUUUCAGAUGGGCAUCCAAUUAGCAGCACGCCGAAGCGAAAGCGACGGCGACGUGACUACUCACACUCCGACCGCAAACAUAGAAAACAAAAGCAAAGGGAGUGUCAGACGCGUCUUACAGGCUUAAUUUGGUAAACAGUGUUUGUUAUUAAUAAUAACCGGAUUCAGGUUGCCUACCUCUCGGCCAUGGGGUGUGACACAGUUUCCGCUUUUGCGGAAAGAAUAUUCUUCACCCUUUUUUCCGAAGACGUGGACGAGUUCCUAACUUUUUACAGAAGAAAGGCUGGUACUCGGGGCUUAUUUGACAGUCCCGUUUAUUCUGUAAUCCUGGGUAGGAUUUGCAAUUAGACCAAAUAAAUAAUCACAUUCUAGAGGUAUUCAGUGGGUGGAAUAAAGACCACCGUUCUGACCGCCAGCAGUUCGAAAAUGCAUUUAAAAAUGCAUUUAAGAAGGGUCACGACCGAUAUCAACGGAAAUGCCAUAGGGCUUCCUCCAGCAGGCAUUCACAAGGUAUGUUUUACUACAUUUAUGUUACCAUUAAGUACCAAAAGGCAUAAUAUGUUUGCUUACCACUGCGAAAUCUUUCCCUUUUAGACCCCGCGACGACUAUCACAGACUCCACCAUUGACAACGGGGACAACCAGCAAUAG